AUGAUCGGCCAGAUGAAUGCCAGCAUGUCAGAGGUACUCGAGCAGUUUGCGAUCCUCUUGGGCAGCGUCGCGCGCACAUUCGAACAAGACCUCAACGAAAGAAUGGAUAAUGCACACGCCCCUUUAAUGCGUCAGAUGGAGGUCAUGAACGAGCUAGCGCUUCGUGCGGGUUCUCGGUUCUCGGCUCUCGAAGGAUCGUUCGGAGCCUUGGAACAGGUCGCCAUGAGUCUCAUCGGAGGCAUACAGGAAUCAAGUGCAGUGCUGGAUUUGUUGUAUCAGCAUGCAGUAGCCGCCUCUGAGAAGCACGUGGACCUCCUUCGACUGAGCGACACUCUGUCCGAAUCAUUGACGGACAUGCUGGAACAGACCCAUACAAGAGCGCGAGAGAUCAAUGUCACCAUGACUGCAAUGAAGGAGAGUCUGGAUCGCGGCACAGAUGACUGGGGCACUACGUUAGGACCCUGGCUGCAGCACGCUGCAGUCCACAUACUUCGAGUGAACCCUACCUUAUUUCAGCAACCGGUCUUUUCCGCGCUCCGUGCUACUGCAGUAGUGGUCCGCGCUCUCAUCGCUCUCACCACCUGGGCUACUACGUGUGACGAGGCGUCACGUAUCAUAGACUGUCUUUGUGUUCCUCUUCUCGACUAG